AUUUACAUGUGACAUGUUAUUAAACAACAUUUUUUUGAAUUAAAUUUUCAAUCGUUAAUGAUUUGCUCCUGUUUUUAAAAUAAUAAUUUAAUCCUAUUUAUCUACCGAACAUGGAAGUAAAAAAUACACAAGUUGCGGUGUUGAGUAACUACGAGGUUUUCGAGCUGUUCAAAAAAACUCAAGAAAACGUUAAACUUAUUGGCGGCAUGAAUCAUUCGACGAUCUUGUACGAGGUCAGUAAAUAUUUAGAAGAAAAACCGUGCGCCAAUCAAAACGGUGAAAAAAUACGCGAGUUCUUACUGCAAUUAAAAGAUAUGCCCAUAAGCCUGACCAAAAAGGAGAAACUAAUGCUCGUCAACGAUCCGCCGGACUCGGUCUUACAGCUAUCAUUGGGUAUCAAAGACUUCUACGAUAGACUUGGUGAACAAGAAACAGAAAUGUUGUUGAAUGCGACCAAACAAUUCGGCGGAGAACCUAAUGUGCACGAAACGAGUGAAGAAAAUACUAUGAUGGAAGACGUAUGAAAACGAUUCAACUGUGUCGGUACAAUAAUUAUUUGAAUAAGACUGAUUGUUAAAAUAAUUUCUAAUGGUGUGGAAAUUUAUCGUUGUUUUCACACGAUAUUUGUAUAAGACAACUAGCGUAAAAUGUAUGUAAUUUAUUUGGGAAAAAAAUGUAUUAAUAAAAUUAUUAGCUGUACGAAAAACACUUUGUUAAAGGAACCGAUUUAUUUAUAAAUGUAUAAUAUUAUGAAUUUAUUUAAAUUAUUUUC